AUGUCCCGAACCACUGCGCUAGUCCUCUCCGAGGUCAACGGCCCCUUUGAGCUGCGCGACAUCAAGCUCGACGCACUGCUCCCAGACGAGGCCUUGAUCGAGAUCCACGCGACGGGUAUCUGCCACACAGACAUUUCCUUUGCCAACGGCACAAUGCCCUGCGAGGAUGGUGCUGUUCUGGGACACGAAGGUGGCGGGGUGGUUCUUCAAGUCGGCAGCAACGUCACGACCGUAGCACCAGGCGACAAAGUCCUCAUGUCCUUCUCCCACUGCGAGACGUGCGGGCCCUGCCAAUCCGGCCACCCGGCCUACUGCUACGACUUCAACCAGCGCAACUUCCCCGGCUCCCGCUCCGACGGCACGCGCGCGCUACUCCGCCGACGGCGCCGACAAGCCCCUGUUUAG